AUAUAUAGAUAUAUGGGUGUGGAUAAUUUUAACCAUUUCGAUACUUCUUAUUUCUUGUGUGAGGUAAAGUAUGUCUGAUUGUGAAAGAGUAUUUCCAUUUUGAUGCUAUUUCUUUCCAUUUUAUUUUUUCCUUCAAAUAAUUGCAGAUUCGAUCUGUCGUCGUUCAUCGCAGGUGAAUAUAUUGGAUUGAUUUGGCCAUCUCCACUCUGAUUGAAACGAGGACAAUACUUGUUACGUAUUUGCGGGAACAUAUUUUGCGUAUUGUUGGUUGAGAAUCAGAAUGCCGAUUGACGAUGAUACCACUGUGUGCAUAUAUCUUCUGAUGGAAGAGCUUUUGCUGCAAAACAUAAUUCUAAUACUGGUUACAUAUCACAUUAUGGCUAGAUUGAGAUCACGUAAACGAAAGAGAACUAAUAAUGUUGCAUCUUUUGGAAUGAUUGAACGUAUUCCCGAUCAAGUUAUGCAUAUGAGUAGACUCAUAGGUGUUAGCGAUAUUGAUUGCCUAGCAAACCUAAGAAUGGACCGCAAUACAUUCGGUAGGCUUUGCAUUGUACUGCGUGAUCUAGGUGGGUUAACCGAUGGGAGGUACAUAAAGGUUGAAGAACAGGUCGCAAUUUUUUUGUCCAUAUUAGCACACCAUAAAAAAAACAGAGUUGUUAGGUUUGAUUUCUGGCGUUCCGGCCAAACAGUUUCAAAAUUUGUGCAUAUCGUUCUGAAGGCAAUUUUAAAAUUGCACACGGCUCUACUUGUCAAACCUGUGUCCGUUCCAGACGAAUGCAUGAACAAUAGGUGGCGAUGGUUCAAGGGUUGUUUAGGUGCUCUCGAUGGCACGUAUAUAAAUGUAAUGGUAAGCAAUGCUGACAAGCCGAGGUACCGAACCAGAAAAGGUCAGAUUUCUACAAACACACUCGCCGUUUGUGACCGAAAUAUGAAAUUCGUAUACGUGUUGCUUGGUUGGGAAGGAUCGGCGGUGGACUCGCGAAUUUUGCGUGAUGCACUCACACGUGUGAAUGGCUUGAGGGUGCCCAAAGGCAAUUACUACCUUGUCGACAAUGGGUACGCAAACAGUGAAGGGUUUUUGGCUCCAUAUAAAGGGACUCGUUAUCAUUUGAAGGAAUGGGGGCCCAAUGCAGCUAGACCACAGAAUCAAAUGGAGCUGUUCAAUCUACGCCAUUCCAAGGCACGAAACGUGAUCGAACGUGCCUUCGGGGUAUUGAAAAUGCGCUGGGGUAUUUUGAGGAGCAACUCUUUCUACCCGGUGAAGACUCAAAACCGUCUAAUCAUGGCGUGCUUCAUUUUGAACAAUUACAUUCGAACUGAGAUGCCGAACGAUCCUAUCGAGCAAGAAUUUGACAUAGUAAACAUGGAGGCCGAAGAUGAUGGCGAAGGGGACCGUGAGUUCAUAGAUGCAGUAGAGUCUUCACCCUAAUGGAAUGCAUUGAGAGAUGCACUAGCAGGGGAAAUGUGGCAAACCUAUUUACACAACAAUUGAGCAGACAAUAUAUGUGUAGAAUUUGGGGUAUUUUCUGUAUUUUGUACUUCAUAGAUACUUAGGUAAUUGUGUCUGUCCUUUGGUUAACAAGUUGCUGCAUCAUUUAGAACAGGGGAGCAUUUCUGGUAAUU